AUGCAGAAGUGCUCAUCGACCAUGCAUAGCAGGGCCAAGAACACAGAUGCGGUGGAACCGCCAUCAGCACUACUGUGGAGUAAGAUCAAGCAGCCACAGUUCUACUGGUUCCUCGGCCAUUUUCUGACGCUAUACCACUACGGCUGCUAUACCCUGUCGUUCCGGCAGGCGGCGAUCCGGUACCAGUACGGAUCGGUCCUGUUCUACGUGGCAGUGACGUAUGGGAUCGUGCUCUACCAGUUUUACAAGUCGGGUCAGCUAAAGCCGUCGACACUGAAGGUGCAGAUGCGCACACUAGAUAACCUGCAGUACUUUGUGCUGACGCUCGUGCUAUGGAGCUGCAGGCACGCGAAGAUCAUCUCGACUGCAACAAUGUCACCGGUCAUCUUCGCGCUGUUCCACUCCAUCAACUACUUCAAGGAGAGCCUCCUGCCUCUACUGCCGCUGCAGGCGGCGACAAAAUCGGCGCUGGCCGGGCGGAUCAGCUUCUUCAUCACCAACUACAACGAACGCUUCCUCAUGAUCGCCCAAAACUCGGAGUUUGUCACGCUGGUGCAAGUUCUGCUCCUGCUUCCGGUCGACUGUACGGCAUUGCUGCUGCACCUCACAGUUACCAACCUGCUCAAAGUGCUCGCGGUGGUCACGUACGCCUGGUUUUUCAAGCUGCGCUACCUGCAGUCGCCACAGAUGAAGGCUAUGGUGCACACAUACGACGUUCGGGCCGAUCAGCUGGUGCGCCAGUCUACCCCUCAGCUACUUCCAUAUUGGCUCCGUGUCAAGCAUCUGGUGCUGCGCUUUUUCAAAGCGAUCCCAUGCUAG